AUGGUGAUUCUAGAAAAAAUUAAACAGCAUAUUGAAAAACUAUGCGCAAUCGAGGAGAUUCCUGAUUUGUUGAAAGCAACCGAAAAAUUUUUAACCUAUUUCCAUAAAUGCCCUAAACUGAUGGUGCAUUUAUCACGAAUGGAUAAUUAUGGCAUUAUGCGUUACGUACUGGUAAUCAUUUUCGAGUAUCUCAUCAAAUUUGAUGAAAAGGAAAAACAUGAUUCCUUUAUCAAAAUUGCGCAAGGUAUCAAAGGCCAGCAACUGCAGCUUCUAGAGGCGUCUAAUAUAAUGGCUUGGUCGCCGGAGUUAUUUGAAAUUAGAUCAAGAACUUUCCUGAACUCGAUACCGGACAAGAAAUGUUAUUCCCUCGCAGCUACUUCCGCCAUCCUAGGAGUUGUGAAGCUAGUUCCCAUUCCAGGACGUGACUUUAUAUCAUUCGAAUGGAACAGCAAUCCAAGGGAGCUUCACUUCGAGGCAUUGAUUGGCGGCGAUGAUACCGUAAAAACGAUCGAGGCUAGUAUAGAACUCGAUAGCAUGAAGGAUUUAAUCAUUUUAGGGUAA